AGAAUUUACGUCGGAUUUUUUUUUUUUUGGAAAAUAUUCAACCAAUACAUAAAAUGUAAGUUAAAAAAAUAUAACGUCAAGAGGUUUUUAAAUACACAGAGAUUUAUAUUCAAUAAUAUAUUAGCAAUAAAACACCAUGAUUCAUAAUGAAGACGACACUACAAUUGGGCCUGUAACAUCUCAACCACAGCGAUGCAACAUUGCGAAUAUCCCGAAUGUCUCGCCCGGCUUGGAAUACUUAACAAAUCUCGAUCGAUUGUUUGUUAAAAAUGAAUUUCCCUGUUGUUUACCUCGAGAGUUUUUUAUAAAAAACGGAUCAAAGGAAGAUAUAUACAUUGGCAUUGACGAUGAUGACUGUUGCAGACUUGGAUGUUCACCACAAGGGAUGAAAGUUUCGGAUCUUCACGGAAACGAAGUGUUACGAUUUACAUAUUUUCCCGGAUGUAUGGGUAGUACUUUCGAAGUGAAAACAUCUUCUGGCCAAAUAAUAGCGUGCGUAAAAUUUGAGUCAACAUGGUGUUCCAGCACAACUACUGUGACAAACCACAAUGAUGAAACAGUUUUACGACUUGAUAGAGAAAGCUUUUACAAAUUUAAGAUCCUAACAAUGGACGGCGAUCAUGUGGGUUCUAUUAAAAAAUUAAAAUAUUCCGGAAAUUUUUGGAAUGCUAGAUACGCCAUGGAAAUCAACUUUGAUGUCAACUUAGAUGUUCAUAUGAAGGCGGCUUUGAUCGCAGCAAGUCUUUUAAUUGACGCAAAACAAAGAGCAGCAAUGGCAGGCGCAACAGCAGGAGGAAUAGCAGCAGUCGUAUAAAGUUUAUUUGGGAAAAGGAUGUUUUAUGGAAAAAAAUUAAUUCCAAUAUUACAAAAUAUAUUAUUGUGUCAGUUUAUAAAAUAUUUCCAAUUAUAGAGAGAGCCACUCGGUGUGAUCAAACGCGACAACAGUCGCAUCUUGAUCUACGCAGUAAAAGUUUGGCUUGAAAUAUUCCAUAAUUUUUCAAAAAAUAAAUAAAGAAUAUA